UAAUUUAUAGAUAUUGUCGUAGUCUUGAGUUUUAUUGGAGAAAUUAAAUAUUAGUAAUUAAUACUGGUGGAAAUCCUUGUUGACAUUAAUUUUCAUAUCUUACUUAAUCUUUCUGAUACAAAAUUUAAGUGAGGUACGCAAUUACUGGGAUUAUUAACAUCAUUAACAGAGGUGUUAUCUUUGAAGCCGAUAGAACUUUUGUUUUUUGAUGGAUUGGAAUUCAGGGGGGUCUGAGGACCCCCCUGUAUCGCCUAUGUUCCCCCCGAGAUCGCCUAUGUCCCCUAGAACCAUAGGUUUACUAACCCCAACCUCUCAAAAAAUAUUAAAUAACUUAUAUUCAAUUGGUGAAGAAUCAGAUGGUGAAAAUUUCUCUGUUGCUGAAUUGUCUCUCCUAUCAAGAGAGGUAAAUAAGCUUGUAGACUCCUUCCACGAUGAUUCAGAAAUAAUUGAGGAAGCAAAUUUCUUGUCGCAAUCAAUUUCUCAAAUUAUGACACAAAAAGCUAAUCGCUCAAAACCAAAUAAAACUAAGCUACAAUUCAAAUAUAACCACACAGAUCUGGGCCCUUUUAUGGUAAUAAUAGAAUCGAAAUCUACAAGAAAUAUUGGGAACAUCCACCCCAUGAACUUGGCUAAAAAGCUAAACACUUUGAACUACAAAGGAAUCAAAAAUAUCUCUAAAAGAGGCAAAAAUAGAAUUUCAUUAGAAUUUGAUUUUCCUGAUAAAGCUAACAAUUUUUUAAAAGAAAAUCCAUUUGUGAAUUAUCCCGAUAUUGAUGUAUUUAUUCCAGCUAGAAUGGUCUCAAGUAAAGGGGUCAUAAAAUAUGUUGGGUCGGAAAUAACAAAAGAGGAUAUAAUCAACCAUGCAGAAAGUAAAGUUAAAAUAUUAGAUGCUCGACAACUGAAUAGAAGAAUAACUACAGAAGGUGUAGUUUCUUACGUCCCAUCGAAUACUUGGAUACUAACAUUUCAGGGAAAAAACCUCCCAGAUAGAAUUGUCUUGUGGGGCUGUAUGAGACAUGUGACCCUAUAUGUGGGUCCUGUCAUUCAGUGUUACAACUGCUUGAGGUAUGGCCAUACCAAGGUUAACUGCAGUAAUCCUGUUGACUCCAAACGCUGUAGAAAUUGUGCGAGUAAUCACAAUGAAGGUGAGUGCCCUAAUCCUAACAACCCAAAAUGUGUUUUCUGUUCUGGAAAACAUGCAUCAACGGAUCGUAAUUGUCCUGAGUUCCUACGUCAGAAGAAAAUCAAUAAUUUAAUAGCUGUAGAAAAUAUAUCCUACUUUGAGGCUGUUAAACUCAUCCCCAAAACUUAUAAUGUAAACCUGUCGACUCAGGACAAUUAUUUCCCUUCCCAACAACUACGCUCACAAUUGUUUCCUCAGCUCCCCUCUAGGGCUACCAAUACAAUAGAGGAUUCAACAAUUGUCUCUGUGCACAAUAGAAGAACUCUACUUAACUCUCGAUCAACUUCAGCUCCUUCCUAUUCAGCAGUCUUAGGAAAGAAAAGAAGGAAAAACUCACAGUCCCCAGGUUAUGAUCAUGACCUCCAUGAUUCCCAACUUUUAAACAUCUCCCUUCCUUUAUCGCCCAUCGUAGGCAACAAACAAUCUACCCAAUCUUCCUAUGACUUUUUAUCAAAUAAAACCCCAUUGGAUUCAAAUCCUUCUAUCUCAGAUAAUGAGAUCUUAAGUUUAAUUUCAAAGCGUCUUAUGGAUAAUAAAAGUUCAGAGUUAUUGAACAAUAUUGUUGAAUUAUUGAAAAACAUUAUACCCCAGUCCCCUGAAACUAAUAACAUCCCUUCCACUCCUUCAACUUCCCAGUGUACACUACCAUAA